ACUGUGAAUCCAGAAUAUCUAACACGCAAAAUGCUGAAGUAACUCAGCGGUUCAGACACCAUCGAUGUCGUAGUUUCGGGCCGAGACCUUUCAUAAGCACUGGAUCGUAUCUCUAAAUUUCUCGCAUUUAUAUAGCUUCCAAAUAUCUCUUAAAAAUAGCACUCUGGAGGGCCCCGAAACAUCCACUGUAUUCACAUCCAAGAUGCUUCUGUGCUCCAGUAUUUUUUUUUGUGUGUUGCUCUGGUUCAUAUGGGAGGAACUGGAUUUGCUGGGGAUCAGGAUCAGGAGUAAAUAUUGGAUGAUGUUUGAAAAUGUUUAACAACAGUACUCAGAAAAAAUGCUGGAUUUUUCACAGUGAAGAAAUAUUAGAAAAUAUGAGAAAUGAAGCCAAUCAGAAAUUUCAGUCCAAAAUUCUGGCAAGUGGAAAGGUUGCUCCAAAUGAUUCUCUGCCUUUCUUGGAACCUCACGAAGAAAAAGUGUUACGUAAAUACUAUGAAAAACGACUAUUGGAUUUCUGCUCUGCAUUUAAACCUGCCAUGCCCAAAUCUGUGGUGGGUACAGCAAGUAUGUAUUUCAAGAGAUUUUAUUUAAGUAAUUCCUUAAUGGAAUAUCAUCCCAGGACAAUUAUGUUAACAAGUGUAUAUUUAGCUUGUAAAGUGGAUGAAUUUAAUGUCUCCAGUUCACAGUUUGUUGCUAAUCUGUGGGAAAGUCCUGCUGCCCAAGAGAAGGCUCUGGAACAAAUCCUUGAGUAUGAACUGCUGCUAAUUCAGCAGCUGAACUUUCAUCUUAUUAUCCACAACCCAUUUCGACCUCUUGAGGGAUUUCUUAUAGAUCUAAAGGCCCGGGACUCAAGACUUGAGAAUCCAGAAGUUUUGCGAAAAACAGCAGAUGAAUUUCUCAGCAGAGAAAUGAUGACUGACGCUGGACUUCUGUUUCCACCAUCACAGAUAGCAUUAGCAGCCAUCCAUUUCAGCGCCUCCAGAGUUGGUAUUAAUAUAGAUAGUUACUUGAUGGAAUGCCUAAUGUUAAAGGAUAAAAAAGAAUGCCUGUCAAAACUGGUUGAAGCAAUCCGGUGUAUAAAGACCUUGGUGAAGAAGUGUGAUCCUCCAAAACUGGAAGACGUUAAUGUUCUGAAACAGAAACUCGAGCAUUUUCACAGUUUGGACCUUGGUGUCAGCACAAAUUCAAAGAAGAGGAAAGGAUAUGAGGAAGAUGGAACUAUUUCCAAAAAAGCAAAAAUGGAAGAAGAGGAAUGGAGUGAUGAUGAUCUCAUUGAUGCACUAUAAACACCCCCCCGGCAUGCUUUUUGAAAUUACACAUGGAGGAGCAGAUACAGUGAUUCUCUAACUUGUACAAUCAACUUUCAAAAUAAGCACAGAGAUGAUUUGGAGAUGCAUCUUUGGAUGGAAGAAUAUCACAACGAUUUUCAGGUCUAUUUUUAUAAAUACAAACUAUUUGGAAAAUCUGAAAUCGAAAGGAAGUCUCUACAAUGCUGAAGCUGCUUGUUUGUUGUUUUCAUUCCUGGUAUUUAAAAUCAAAUUUGUAUCUAAAUAAUGAAUUUACAUCUUUGUCAUUUAUAUUUCCAAGAGAAAGAAUUGAAAAUAAAAGCUUUAUAACAGUU